AUGUCUGACGCUAUCAUCUCUUAUGCUGCUUUCAUCCUAGCCGACGCUGGUUUGGAAAUCUCCGCUGACAACUUGUUGUCUGUUACCAAGGCCGCCGGUGCCUCCGUUGACAAAAUCUGGGCUGAUGUCUACGCCAAUGCUUUGGAAGGUAAGGACUUGAAGGAAAUCCUAUCUGGUUUCCACGCUGCUGGUCCUGCUGCCGGUGCCUCUUCUGGUUCCGCUGCUUCCGGUGCUGCCGCUGGUGAAGCUGCCGCUGAAGAAGCCGCUGAAGAAGAAGAAGAAGAAUCCGAUGCUGACAUGGGUUUCGGUCUAUUCGAUUAA